AUGUUAAAACUGUUGCUAACAUAUGGAGCUAAUGUGAAUGAAAACUGGGGAAAACCACCGUAUGGUCAUCAUCCUCUAUUCCUUGCUCUUCUACAUAAGUUAACGGAAAAUGCAAAAAUCUUAUUAGAAAAUGGGGCGAAUAUAUCGUUCAAAGGUCGAGAUAAGCAAAUUGAUUGGAUAGACUGUUUUUGUCUUGCCGCUAUGCACUGUCCAUCUUUAAUACACGAUUUCUUGAAGCGUGGCGCGAAUCCAAAUAUAGAGCACAAAGGGAAUUCUGUAUUGAUGCUUGCCUUUGACAGUCAUGCUAAGGAAAAUGACCUUAUAUCUUUGAUAAAGGAGGGAGCUUAUAAAGGAAGGGAUGGUAAAACGGCUAUACAGUCCUGUAAAACUUAUAGAACGACGACCAACACAAGUUCAAUAAUGAUAGCUCUGAUUGUAAAAGGAUUGCGUCUUAAUGAACCACAACCAUGUGGAAACUAUCUAUUCGAUCUUUUAAUUGAGGCAGGUUUUGAUAAUUCUGUGAUGAUGUCAAUGAUUAAAAAUGGUGCAAAUAUAAAUUUAGUGAAAGCUGGAAAUGAUUCUGUAUUAAUGAAAAGUAUUAAACAAAAUAGGUUUAAACUCUGUUGUGCUCUAAUAGAAGAAGGAGCUGAUGUUUCAUACAAAAACACAAAAGGGCAGGCUGCUUUAGAUAUUUUCGCCGAUUUGUUUCUUGAAAUGAAGAGUGAAAACUCCAGACAUAAAGAAGCAGAUUUACAUUUAGAGAAAUUGAAAGUCUUAAACGCUUUCUUGACAACCGGAAUUGAUGUAAAUAAAUGUACUAUGUCAAACAUCUACCCCUUAAUCAUGGCGAUAUGUCUUCGAUGUGAAGACACCGUAAAAUUAAUGUUGGAAACAGGAGGAGACGUAAAUAUAAUGGACAGGUAUUACGAUACACCACUGACUACUGCACUAGCUUUUGACCUUGAAGAGGUGGUGCAUGUGUUGUUGAAAGCCAAGGCAAAUGUAAACCAUAUGGGAGGAGAAAUACGUCUACCAAGCAUAAUUGCGAAUGCAGAAUUAGAACCACCAAGUGUAAAACUAAUGAAGCUUUCCAGUUGCUUCGGAGGUCGUGUUCCACCAAGAUAUUCUGCUCUCAAUUAUGGAAAUUCUAUAUUGACAAGAAUUCUAACAGACAUGCCUGGAUUGUCUUUGGACAGAAUGGAAUAUUAUGUGAAAUUAUUACUGAGUUUUGGAGCUAAUCCUAAUAUUGAAGAAGCAGGAAGAGAUUCUACAUUGAUGCAUGCUGUCAGACUACAAUCUUCUGUGUUAGUUAGAACUGUUAUUGAAGCAGGUGCUGAUGUCAAUCAUGCUGGUCAGAUGAACUUAACAGCGUUGCAUAUUUAUUUUAUGUCGCGUAAAAGGAAGGGGUUCAGAUUUUACAAAAGGAGAAUCAAUCCUGAAAAAAGUCUUAUGUUAGAAUUGUUGUUAGAUCAAAAGGCACACACAAAUACGAAAUCUCUCUAUGGGAAUUUACCAAUACAUUUUGCGUUAGGUGCGGAGGUCGAUGACAAAGGAGGUCACCUUAAAGAUGUUCUUAGACUAGUUGACCACAGUGUUGAAAUGAAUACCCCCGACAAGAACGGCAACACACCGGUUAUUUUGGCAGCUUUUGUUGGUUCUGGCAAUAUUAUUGAGAAAAUGAUAGAAAAAGGGGCUGAUGUCAAAUAUCAAGGAUAUCAAAGGAAUACAGCGCUACAUAAACAUAUGGAAUCAAAAAGGCUCAAUAGAAAAAUAGUUUCCAUCUUAUUAAAACAUGGCGCCAGUUUGAACAUCCAGAACAAUUUAGGUGAAACACCAAUAAUUCGAUACAUCAAAAGAGGACAUACCGUACUUGAAGACAUACAGUUCCUCGUGGAAAGGGGGUCGGAUCUUGAUUGUAAUAGUGAAGGAUGUAGUUCAGCGUUGACAUUGACGAUAUACCAUAAUAUGUUUCCUGUAGUGCAUUAUUUGAUACGUCAUAUGGUCAAUCUUAACCAUAAAGGUCAAGGAGGGAAAACAGCCUUACAUUUUGCACUUCUGAAAGGGAAAUACAGAUUUGAUGAAUCGAUAGAAUCAACACUUAAACGAAUAGUUACUGGCGCAAAUCACCAGUCCAUACAACCAGACACUUCUGUCAACAAUAGAAAAAGAAGGUGCUACUAUCAAAAUGAAGAGGCUGUACUGAAAAUGAAAAGAGCUAAGACAUUUCGAAAGUUGUCAGUAGAUGCAAUUAAAGUUGAAUCAAAAGUUCCAAAAUGCAGAAUUGACGACAAUCACCAGGUCAAAGUUGUAAAUGUUGUAAGGAGUCUUCUAACAGCCGGAUCAGACGUGAACAUUUUAACCAAAGAUGGAAAAUCACCUCUGUACCUGCUUUUAUCGAAACAUCCACAUCAAAUUGUUCAAAAACUUUUACCACUGAUUAUCAAAAAAGGAGCAGAUCCAAAUCUAGGUCAUUAUCCACCUUUGGCGAUUGCUGUACAACUACAACGAAUUUCAGUGGUAAAAUCCUUGUUAAAACAUGGUGCUAAGGUGGAUAUCAUGAAUAACAGAAGUGAAACACCGCUAAUAUGUGCUUCACGCAUGUUUUAUCUCGAAAGGAAAGAUAAGGUUCUCGAGACAAUGAACAUACUUGUAAAUGAAGGAGCGUCUGUUAAUAUUAAAGAUGAGAAAGGAAAUCCGCCGUUGAUAAUAUCUAUAGUAAAUGGAUGUUUCCGACCGAAAGAUAUUAAGUUAUGUGACUCAAAUAUCGACAAAAUAGUCUCAUUCUUAUUGAAAAAAGGAGCGGACCCAAAUACACAAGAGGAUGGAAGAGACACCGCCUUAUUUGCAGCUGUACAAAAUAUGUUGCCAACUGUAGUCGAAUCGCUUUUGCAAUUUGGUGCAAAUGUUUAUCAUAGAGGAGAUAACUAUGAAUCCAUACUACAAAGAUGUUUACAAACAAAAAAUGAUCAUGAUUCGUGUUUUAAAGUGCUGAAUAUUUUACUUCGUCAUAAAAAAUAUGGAGACAAAAUCAACGCUUUUUUCCCUCAAUUUUGGAAAUACAUACAAAACUUGACGAAACAGGAAGGAAUGGAGAAGUACCAGUAUUUUACACCGAACAGACCUAUUUCCAAAUCUGUUAAAGUUGACAAAAUACUUAUUGGAAAGAUCUCAUCAAUGGUUUUGUCGAAUGCGUUCGUUAAUCCAAACAUCACCAAAGAAAAUCAAAAUUCUCCACUCAUUUACUUUUGCGAAUUAGAAUGUCUAGAUGCUGUCAAAUUCUUAAUUCAAUACGAAGCAGAUGUAAAUCACAUUGGAGAGAACGGAAAAACUGCAAUACACCAUAUUUUGAAUAUAAAUGAUUCAUAUACAGCGAUCUCAAUGCUGGAAUACAUUUUGAGCAAAGACCCAAAUUUACACUUGAAAGAUACAGCGGGGAAGACGGCUUUAGACACAUUGAUAUCUUCUAUGAAUGAUCAGUUCAUAUAUAAAGCAGGGCCGAUUUCGAUGCGACAUUCCUAUCUAUAUGAAGAUCAUAGAUCAAAGUUUAUUACACUGCGUCGUUUGAUGAUUCGACUUUUAGAAGUAGACACAAGUACGGAAGUUGCUGUAUUGAAUAAGGCUAUGAUCUAUUGUUCAUAUGCUGAAGAUUUUACGGGAAUAAAGGCAUUGGUUUCACAUGGAGCAGAUGUGAAUUUUCGAGAUGAAUCGGGAAGUUCAAUAUUACACUUAUGUUGGUUUUCCUGUAAAAACGACGCAUUUGAAUUUAUGCAGUGGGCACUCAGAAAGGGUUCUGAUAUAAGCGCUGUCAAUUGUAAUGGAAAUUCAAUUUUAAUAUCUAUGCUACGUAGCAGAUACAACUGUUUAGAAAACCAACAUGACAAAAGAGAUAAAAUGGCUACAAGACUUGUUCGUUUGUUUGUUAAAAAUAAGAUUCAGCUUGUAAAAGACAGAAAUAAAGAUUCCCUAUUGCAUAUAGCAGCUGAAAAAGGAUUUGUUAGUACGAUAGUUGCGUUAAUACAAUACGGAGUGGAUGAAUAUGAUCGAAAUGAUAGAGGCUUCACACCACUGCAUUCGUGUUUAUUAUUUUCAGGAGAUACAAUAAAAGUUCAGAGGAUUUUUUCCAAACUUUUGACUCGUGCACUUCUUAAAGACGACUUGAAAUCGCUUGGAGGAGGGAAGCUUUUACAUCUCGCAUCUAAAAUAACAGGUAUUACAGGUUUAGAUGAAGAUACGAAAAACUUGCAGACCGAGAUAACUGCACUUCUGUUGAAUAAUGGAGCGGAUCCCAAUGAUAGUUUAGGAGAUGAUGUACCGUUAUUAGAAGCAUGCAGACACAUUAAUAUAGGAUCAGCAAAACUCUUAUUAGAUUCUGAAGCCAAUGUUAACGUAACAAACAGCAACGGAAAUUCCUUGCUGCAUGUUGUUGUUUCUGUAUUUUAUGACACAGAAAAGAAACUUCAAUUAUUAAAGCUUUUGAUAGAAAGAGGUAUUAAUGUUAAUAUAGUUGACACGUCUGGAAGAUCGGCACUUUUCUUUGCCGUUGGUACACUGGUUGAUGAACACAUAUAUGACAUUGAUGAAAUGGAAUGCACGGAUCUGAUUCAUUCUUCUAAAGAAAUUGUAUCUGAACUUCUUAAAAAUGGAGCAGAUCUUUAUAUUAGAGCUGCAAAUGGCAGUGGCAACGUCUUAUCAACAUUCUGUCGUUCAGGUUUGUUUGCUAUACACUAUUUAUUAUUUCUUGAUUAA